CUUCAUCUUGCACCACUGGCUCUUCGAUCGUAUCUUCAUCGAGAUGAUCGAGCGAGACCGCGCAAGAGACUGACCGCUCCCAAGCAACGCAUAUCUAUUUUAAAAAUCACUCGCCCAAUGACGGUGUACAUUCUAUCAAGCUUGAUACAGAAGUAAAAUUCAGAAGGAAAAAGUUUCCAUUCGUUCUAUAGUAGAAUUCUACAGGGUUUUUUCUUGGAUGUCCGAGAUGUUCUCUUGCACCACUUCCACCGCCGAGGCAUGGAAUGCAGUAAAAAAAAUUACAACCCUAGAAAGUGGUGCCUUCGUUCCUCGUCAAGAACCUUGCAGCCCUUCCCCAUCCCCUCCGCACCGAGAAGACACUGCCGAUAAAAGCGGUGUUAAUCAGAUUAGAGGAUCAGGAAAAGAGCGAACAGGGUUCUGUCAUUUGGUUUACCAACGCUCCGUUAAGGACAAUCUCUGGAGAGACGGAAGAUGCCCUUGCAGAACCCAGAGUGGACUGCAUCGUUGGGGGGGUUUAAGAAACGAGAAACGGAGAAAAAAAACUGGAAGUAAACGUGGAACUGGAACUGUUAGGGCAAGCUGCCUCUGCGCAGCUGUUCUCUGUAGCGGAGUCAGGUUGAUGGACCUCGCUUCGCUAGAAACAGAAACAUGGCACGCUCUCUCAAUCAAAUUGCAAGAUAAGACUCGCAGAAUAUAAUCGACGGUGAAGCAUGGUCUCAAGAUCGUAAAUUGUCAUUUCUUCUGGACCUAGAUUGGCACUUAUCGCAUGAAAAGUAUACAAGGCACCAGAUCUGUACCAUAAAUAAUACUAGAAUGUAAGUCAUCACAAUAGGUAUCAUCAUAACAAUCAAAAAAAAAAAAAAAAGGCCAUGAC